AUGACUCCUCAAGAUCACAUGAGAAAAAUAAUAAUCCUUGGGAAGCAGAGAAGUUUGGAAGAUGGGACCUUUUGCCAAAUAGGAAGUGGCAUUACACCAGCUGAACUGAGGCAGCAGCAAGAGAUCCUAGUGAGGAACCAGAUCAUGGCAGGAAAUCCACCACUAAUGGGCCAGCAGGGAAUCCAGGCAAUUCCUUCACAGUUGGACUCUCGGUUUGUGGAAAGAGGUUUGUUACCUUCAUCUGAGAUCUUGGCACCAGCUGAUCUCAGGCAGAUUCAUGUGCCUUCCUCUCCUGGACCUCCUGUCUCACAACAUGCCAACAUCCCAAACUUAUUAUCCAGUUGUGUUUCCCAAGGACCAGGAUAUAGUUUUCUUCAAUCCGAAUCAAUGGAAGCUGUAACCAAAAGACAAGAAUUGGUUCAGAAACAAAAUAUUGCCAGGAUGGAAAUGAAUGCCAUUUUUCAACAAAAAGAACUCGAAAAAGCUCACAGAAAAAGGCUUCUAAAACUCAGAGGCUUUUUCCCUUAUCCCGAUGUCCCAGCUGGCUCUGUUGGUUUUCAAGAAAGACCCUACAUUCCUGAAGGCCACCUCUCCAAUGGCCUGUACGUUCAUCAGACUACCCUCAAUGAACUUCAGAGGAAUGCCGUGCUAAUGGCCACUAGCUCCUAUCCACCUCUCACCACGCUGCAACAACCACCGGAAUGGGGCCGUCGACCAAGCAGAAGAGCUGGGGUCCGCAAAGCUGCUCAUUGCCAUGUCAGUCAUGGGAAGGGCCAGCUGGAGGACAGGGGCUUGGAUCCUGCCUCAGGGACUGUCGGUGAAGAAAAAGAGGAUAGAAAGGAAAGCGAGGUAGAGAUGCCAAGCAAGCCUGCUGCAGCAGAUGCAGAACAUGAAGUCCAUGUGGAGCCAUCGGCUGCUGUCACCAAAAAUGGGAAGGAACGUGAGCAUGGCUUGAGAAAGAACUCCUGUAACCACAAAAUGCCCAGCGAAGCAAGUGGCAGCCACAAUGGAGAUGAGAAAGACCCCCACAAUGCUUGCCUAGCCUUUAACAAAAAGCAUGCAAAUCCAUCAAAACCCACAUUCUCUGCUCUAACAAGCAGCUUCUCCAUACUCAAUAAUCCUCCGUUAUCUUUGGCCACUUCCAAAGUAAUUCUCAAUGGGGAAGAAAUUUCAUCUGCUGAAGAUAUUCGCAAAUGGACUGUUGAAGAUGUAUAUAGUUUUAUCAACAGUCUCCCAGGGUGUUCUGACUAUGCUCAGGUAUUUAAAGAUCACGUCAUUGAUGGAGAAACCUUACCACUGCUUACAGAAGAACAUCUUUUAGACAUGAUGGGGUUAAAACUUGGGCCUGCUUUAAAGAUUCAGUCACAGGUGUCCCAGUGCCUGAGAAAUGUGUUCUACAUGAUGAAUAUUCCACUGACCACGUCCAUCCCAUCCACAACUGGCAUGUCUUCUGAUCCUUUCCAUGAUGCCGCAUCCCGCCUUCCUUGUAAUGGUACUCAUGCCAUUCUGGCCAGCCCUUGCGCUCAGGAUCCUGAAACUUUAAAAACAGUUGAGCGAGUUUUGAGAGCCCAUCAAAGCAAAACAAAGUUGAAAGUGGGCAUGCUUAGAAAGGACACUGGGUAUAUCCAGAGAUAUGGGAAUACUCCUUCUAUGGACACAGAUUGCAGUGAGAAGCGCAGGAAGAUGCCAAGAGAAGGAGAAUUGCCAUUAAAAGUAGUCACUUGA